CCGUGACGUAGCCGGAAGUCCUAGUUCAUCAAACAGAAACUGUAAAAGCCUGAAUCAAAAUGAACACCAGAGGACUUCGAUCGCAGCUGAAGGACAGUGUCCCUGUGGCGGGUCUGUGUCCGCAGGGAGCCUACGGGCUCCAGGACACUCUAAGGAGCGGCUUUACCAGUGUAAAGAAUGAGCUCCUUCCCAGCCACCCGCUGGAGCUGUCGGAGAAAAAUUUCCAGCUUAAUCAGGACAAGAUGAAUUUCUCAACGCUGAGAAACAUCCAGGGGCUCCAUGCUCCGAUCAAACUGCAGAUGGAGUACCGAGCAGCCAGACAGAUCCAGCGUUUGCCGUUCUUACCAAGUUCAAACCUGGCUCUCGACACUCUUCGAGGCGGUGACGAGUCCAUCGGCUUUGAAGACGUCCUCAGUGAUCCAACCCAAAGUGAAAUGAUGGGUGAGCCGCACAUGAUGAUGGAAUACAAGAUGGGAUUGUUGUGAAAGACGCUGGAGAUGCAAAAAACUCAAGUCCUCACUCGUAUUUGGAUUUAUGUAUUAGAUAAUCCAUUCCAAAACACAAAUUUGCAGUUUAGCCACUUGAGAGUUGGAUUUGGUGUGGUGGGCAGGAGAUGGGCCUGAUCUGUGGGCUUGGGUGUGAUGACGUAAUAGUAAUUUGUUUUUUUUUGGUGACCCAGCGCGUUACAACACUCUUUCGGCAGAUUAUAGCUGCUUUUCUGUAAUAGAUUUUGGUUGUUAUUUCUAAUAAAUUUCAUAACCUUC